ACCAGGAGAAACCCACACCCGAUCCAUCCCAGCUGUUUACUUCACAUGUCCACAGUCUCCGUGCGAGAGACAGGUUUGUGUCACCGAGCCCCCCCGUCAUUGAUCCAGACAGGGACACCACGCGGUCUGAUACGAACUCCCCUCACCUGAGAGCCAGACACCUUAGAGAGAAAAGUCGAAGAUGCAGACAUCAAACAGUGACCUGACGAGGCAAAGGAAACAGCAGGCCAUGACUUUGAGCAAGGAAGCCAGGGGAGAGCAUUUAAACCUGGGAAAAAAGAUCAACGUGCCCAAGGAUGUCAUGGUGGAGGAGCUACACUUGCCGUCAAACAGGGGCUCGCUCAUGUUCCAGGAGAGGAUGCGGAGAGUGGAGAAGUACACGGUGGAGAACACGGCAGACGCGCCCACCAGUCUCCCAGACCUGAACCAGUUUCAGGUGACACCGGACACACAGGAGGGGCGGCACAGGGAGGGAGGCAAGGAGAACGUCCGAACAGAGGUGUUCAUCCGUCCGCCCGGGAAACAAAGCUUGGUGACAACCCUGAAACAGACAGUAGCCAAGAAGGGCAACCCCAACGUCCUCGCUCCAGGGUAUUCAGGACCUCUGAAGGAGAUCCCUCGGGAGAAGUUCAACAUCACGGUGGUCCCCAAAUCCUACUGCUCCCCAUGGCGGGAAGCCCUUGGCGAGAGUGAGGAACUGCUGGCCACUCUCAACGUUCAGCUGCCAGAGCCACCCCAGAGACUGCAACCUGCCAAUUACAGGUGCUUCAACAGAGUCCCGAUGCCUUUUGGGGGACAUGCAGGAGCAAAGAGGUUUCUACCAGUGCCUGGGGUUGAACUCUUAGACACUCAGCCUGAGCCGACACUAAACUGGAACCGUGUGUCCAAGCGCCCAAAUUUUAAUCGUGCACCCCGCGGCUGGGGAGUGGGCCCCUCUCAUGGGUCCACUGACCUGUGAGGGGGCGGGGUAUGGGCAGCCCCAUAAUCCUGUUAUCCCCCCGCCUUGCCAAAGACUGAGUGACUUUACCAUUGCUUCUCCCAAUCGUGAUGACCCCCCAUGUAACCCAAUGUCUACUUUUAUCAAGGACUGAAUGGCAACCAAAGAGAUUAUUCCAUUUAAAGGAGAUCAGAUGUAUGUAUGUUCAUGAAAGACAGAUGUCUGCUUUAACACCUCAAGCGCUGUGCUACAAAUGUCAAGAGUAUUCUGCAGUGCCUUAUAUUAACCGUUCUCAUAGGCUAGAAAGUUAUAAGUGAUUUCAGCAUCUAUCAACUGUUUUGUUCCCAUGCUGACAGAGCAACAGGUAUUAACACCACCAUACACAUUUACAUCAGUAACACACAGCAUGUCCAAACGACCUGAACUGUAACAUAUUAAUAUAUUAGCUAUUAUUAUUGAUAAAUCUGUUUUCCUUUAUAGGUAAAUCAACAGAAGAAUGCACAAUUCAAAUCUGAAUUACUCAAAUAUUAGAAUAUAGAAUAUUCUAGCAAUAUUCUUUAUUAAGUUCAUCGGGAACUUUACACAAUGAGUAUGAAUUUGGCUUACCUUUCUUUUUACGCCACUCAAGUAAGUGGCCGUGUGGCUUCAUUUUGGGUAACUGCAACAAUGAAACUCAAAUCUCAAAGAUAAAUGAAACUUACGUUAGCCAAUAAGAUGGACACUAUUUUUAAUGUUCACAGUGGACAUGAAUGAAACACACUUUACAAAAAAAUACAUGACAUACAUUGUCAGUACGAAUGAUUUAUCAAAAAUAAUACAAAAAGGAGGAGAUGAAUUGUAUUGUUUAAAAUGCAGAUUUUCUUUCAGGCUGCUUUUAAAGUUUUCUGAAUAAAACAUGAUUUUCA